AUGCGGGUUAGACAGGGCUGGUCAGCAUGUGGUAUCGUUUACAGGAUCCAGAACGGACAUCGUCAGGGCAGAACUGAUAGGCCGGAUGAGACUAUUCGCGUCAAAGAGGCCAGACGGGAGGAACCCAGACACGAUCGGCCACAGUCCGCUUCGGGCCCAGCUGAGGAGCGUGGAAGGGAGGCACGACCAAACUACCAGCAGACGGCGAAUACAGAGGGUUCCGCCGUGAGCGUCGACAGACCGCUAGAGGUAGAAAUAAGGGAGACGAUAUCAAGAACCGCGAAAAUCGUCGCUUUGGGGGAAGACUGAUAGCAGUGGAUUUAGUAACCGAUUCAAAUCAGGGGAUUGUAAAUCUAUAAAUUAAUGAUUCCACUUAAUAUACCGCUAAAUUCCAUGAGGAACCUUCCUGAAGUCAAGAACUGAGUGUUGGGGAAUGAGACCGUUAACAGUGUCUUUAUGUUUUCCGGUGUAAGUUGUUUGCCUAAUUUUGACUAAAAUACCAGUAACUUAGGUCAUGACCUAAUUUCUGGCGGAAGAUAAUUCCAAAGGAAGGCAUAUUUGGAAGCAAAGAAGAGGGAGCGCUUAGAUGUAGUACAAAGAGGCGGCGGAAUCACCAUGCAGGAGUUGCGCGUGACAUAAGACCGAUCUGUCGGAGUGAGUGUCAAUGAGCGGAAGAUUGGAACUAGGGUUAAUGCAAUAAAAACAAAGACCAGCUUCGAGUCUUCUUACUUAUAAAAACUGAAUGUUCGGCAGCUGACAUCCCUUGAAAGAACAGUUUCCGCGUGAAAACGCUCUGAACAUUUUCGAUCUUAUAACGGUCACAGGCGUUCAUUAAACCAAAGAAAAAACAGCAGUAUUCGAAGACUGGAAGAACAAACAUUUGAUAAAGCCUUAGUUUCAUUUCCGGAAGAAAAAAAAUUACGCGGUAUAAACCUAUAUAUCUGCCCGGCUUUGGCAGAGAUUCUAUCUGCAUGAGGUGAUGAGACAAGUUUAUUUGUAUAACUUAAGCCUAGGUCCUUUAUGGUGAAGCACUCUGAGAAUGCGUUAUUCUGAAAAAUUAUGGACAAGGAAUUUUGGCAGCAGCACACUUGGAUGACGAAAACUCCAUCUGCCAUGUUGAGCCCCAUCUGUUUAAGCAUUGUAAAUCGGAAUUAAUUUUAUCAACACAGAUGUUUGGGGUGUCCUUAGAAUAUGAGUAAACACACUUGAGGUCAUCGGCAUAAAUAAAAGUUUGCGAAUUUCCGAGUUCAGUCGAAAUAUCAUUGAUGUACAGAAGGAAGAGUAGCGGACCCAGGACAGUACAUUGAAGUACACCACCCGGGAUCGAGUGAUGUGUCGAGUAGCUAUUUCCGGCCGUGACUUUCUGAUAUCGGUUGGAUAGAUAGGACCUAAUGAGGUCGAGUAGGGGCGGCCAGAGACCGAGAGCUUCCAAUUUAACUAAAAUACGUCUAUGGGGCACCUUGUAAAAGGCUUUGUUAAAAUCAAUGAAGAUAACUACAACUGACUGCUGCUCAUUGGGAAGAGAAGCGAUUAGAUUAGGAAAUUCAAACUGACAAGUUUUGCAGGAUCGUUCAUGUAAAAAUUCAUGUUGACUAGAGCUCAGAAGCCGAUUAGGUAGACAGAAGUUAAGAAGUUCAUUGAAAAUAAUCCUUUCAAGAAGCCUUACUAGAGACGGUGUUUUGUGCACGUAAAGAUAGUUUAUAACAUCUGAACGAGAUCCUGACCUGAAUACUGGAAUGAUAGUUGACGUUUUUUAGAAUAGAAUAGAAUAGGUUUAUUGUAGCGUUUCAGGAAGGAAUCCUUUUGAAAUAUAAACCGAGAAUAAACGACUAAGCAAUAUGGGAAAGUCGGAUGCUUGUUUAAUAAUCGAUUUCGGAAUCCCGUACGUUCCUGAGCAGUGCGAGUUUUCCAAACGACUCAUGAGUUUCUUAAUGAGAUCUGAGAAGAUAUCGAUUGUACUCAGUGUCCUAUCUGAAAGUGAACAAAAGAAAGAGACCGGUUCGGAAUCAGUAUUGAGGUGUCUUGCCAAGAAAGCACUAAACAAUUCCGCCUUGCAGUGUCAUCGAUGGGGAACACUUUGUUAUCAUUUAGCAGGUGUAGAAGUUCGUGACCACGCUUAAAGGAGGACCGACGACGAAAGAUGUUAGCAACGGAUUUUCCAGGGUUCGGAUCACUGAGGAUAAGUGAUUCUCCUUGCCUGUCGCGCGGUUGGCGCAUCCUUAAAGCCAUUUCAAAAAUCUCUGUGAUUUUAAGAUAAGCGGCUAAAGAACGAGUGGAUGGGUCACUUAACUGCAGUCUCAACUUUUUUAGUCUGUUGUGAGGAACAAGGGAAUCUGAAGAAUCAGGCUUGAAAUAUUUACGCGACACAAACUGUAAGAUAUCAUCGAAAACAUUGGACAUGACAUCACGAAGAAUGGUUGCAUCGCUACAGGAGAGGAAGCCACACAAAUCUUAUGGUCUAAUAUAGUUAUUUAUUAAGUCGUUUUCUACGCAAUCUUUAUUUAGCUAAGUCCGGACCCUGCCAGUGUUUUUUGAAAAGGCAGGCGGUAAGCAACAAUAAAUUACUAAAUAAUCUUUAUCAAAGAGGUCCUUUUUGAAGGCAACAAAAAGAGGAGCAACGUCCUUGUUAAAGACUAAAUCUAAACUGUGACUAUCUAUUGUUGAAUAGCGCACCAGUUUGGAACAGUCAGAAAAAUUGACAAUAUCGUGGAAGGGGUGAAAUCUAAGUGGACAGCUAUUGGAAACCCAGUAUAUUUCAGGAAGGUAAUAAUACCCAGUGAUUACUUUAACAUCGGAAGCAACAUCCGAAAUUAAUUGAAAGAUUUCACAUAUUUGUGAAAAUCACUGGCUGAAGAGUUUUGGGAUUGCAGAUACAGCCAAUAAUUGCCUUUUUUGCCGCGAGGGAAUAGCAGAUGCAAAGCAGAAGUUUCCCGUGAAUGAGGAAAAAUCCAGGUAAUAGGGAGAGUGCUUUCGGUAGGAUUAAAGAUAAAGAAGACAACCGCCCCCAUGCCUAGUCUUGCGGUCUUGACGAUAAAAAUCGAAGUCAUCUAUGAGGAGGGCAGGGUAAGGAAUUAGCGAAUGGAUCUAAGAUUUUGUCACACAUAUAACAUCAGGCGUCAUUUCGAGAGCGAUGGCACUGAUUUGGGUCAUCUUGUUUAUAACAGACCUGGCGUUCAAUAAUAUAAUAUCUAAUGCAUUUCGAACAACAAUGCUUAUCGUCUUCUCCGUAGUUGGGUCUGCCUGCUGCCGUACAGACAACGAAAGUCUACAUACUUACUAAGACUUUGUGCUCAUCCGUGACCGUCGGCAGCACGGUUUUUGCCGGCAGUGUGCAUAACUUUUGCUUCUUGAUCUGCCUUUUUUCUGUCCGGGAUGCUAUAGAAUAUUUUUUGUCCUUUUGGUCUCUGUUAACCUCUGUCUUCUUGCACCUGACAUUGAUUCUCAUACACACUGAGCUUCAAAGACGCACCGUCUUCUUUGUUAUCAGCUUACGCGGCUAAGGGAUUUGUGUUUGCAUACAUUCUUUCUGUUCUUUCAGUCUGUAUAUGCAGCUAGCGAAACAAAAUCCCGAAGAAAAUGAGUUCAUCGGAGAUCAAACAUCUAAAACCAUUUCCUAGUUUUCGUGAACGACUGCGUGGAUAAGACGGUUUGCAAAUUCCUCAUGCAUGUUGGCAGUCAGGUCUGGGAACGAUUGGCGAACGAUUUUAAAAGGAGUGAAUCGGCUUAACACCUGUUCUGGUUGUUGACUUGUUAACGCUAACCUUGGCAAAUAUACGGUCCCUGAACUACCAAAUAAAAAGCGAAACGUGACAGAUACUUCAUUUGGGUACGCCAUGAUUUGAGUUACGUUGGAUUAGUUGAGGACGAUUGCCUCGAACUAUUCUAGUCAGUUUGUCGUCUAAGUUAUCGUUAUAUUGUCCAAAAAUAAACCAAUGUGCAAAAAGUGGCAUUUGCGUUAAGAAGAACGUUUACACAAUUUGGACAUCAACUGAUCAGCAACAGUUACGUAGCUUUUAUUUAAUCUCACUAAAAUUGCGCUGUAUAGGCCCUCGUCUGUGGCUAAGGAAAGGUUACAAACCGCCCGAUAGAGUCCAAGCAAGGACUGUGCGAACGGCAAAAUUUUUCGGCUCCCUCAUGAAAGAGGACCAACUGAACGAGCUUGGUUUAUUUAUCGUAGAUUACAGGCAAAUGAGCAGUAGAUUGUCAGAGGCCUCAAAUGCGCCCGUUGUUUGAAGGGGUCUUCGAAAUUAAUGCCGCGCAAAGCCCACGUGACCACUGUCUCAAACUGCAGAGCAUGUUUGUUCAUACGGUCCUCUGACGGGAUGACAUCACACAGAGGGUUACUGCAGUGUGAAACGUACUCUUUACUGGAAGCUUCAUUCGCAAACUUUUGAGACAUUCAAGUACAGCUUGAUGUGCAUUUCAUUUUAACUUACCGUGAAAGUACAGCCACAAUUUGCAUGUUUAAGAAAAAGUUUGCUGGCUUAAUUUUCGACGGAAACCGGCUUUUACGACAAGACUACUCAAAGCCAGGUCUGUAAAACACUUUGGCAUACACAAUCGUAUUGCACUGGCUUACAAUGAACAGGUGCGCUUCCUUAUCAUUACGAUUGUAGUGUGAUCCGACCACAAUGUCAAUGUUUGCAACCUUGUUUUCAGUGUGAAUCUGCGAAAGCAUUGUAUCUAAACAGGGUCGUCAAGGGCUCUGCUUCUAACCCUUCAAAUACAUACAUACACACCCUUGUGCGUGCUAAAUACAAAGAUUUAUUUAUUUAUUUAAAUCUGUCGAGCAUAUUGGUGCGACUGUGUCGUUGGAUGCUGCCUACAUCAUUCCAACACAUGCCGAUGGCAAGAUACUUUUCAGUUCUUGAAUCUGGAUUGAAACUCAAAUUAGAAUUUUUUUCCUUCAUGGGAAUCGACCUGACACUACCAUUGGUGAAUUCGGAAAAUACUCGAUAUACGCGUUUUAGCCUAUCUGGUUAGGUUAAGUGCAAUUGAUGAUCAAGAAGUUCCCCUUUAAGUGCAAGAUGAUUUCUAGGCCCGUGCACGCCUUUAUAAAAGACCGACAUCAGUACAGAAGGCGGAGGGGUUAUUAAGAUAUAUUUGUUAUAAUUACUCGCAAUUUGUUAAAGGCGUUAUCGUUGGUAUGUCUGAUAAUUUGAAUCCUGAUUCGCAUGGUUUUGCAAGUGCGUUUAAUGAUUGCAUAUUUGUUACUGCAAAAGAGACAUUUUUAAACGCAUAAAUACGACAUAUUUCUAGGUAAAUUCGACUGACGCUUUUUUACCUUGGACUCUUUACGUCUAACGCUUAAUAGCUGAUAAGCUGAUAAGCUCAAAUCUAUUUGCUAGCUCAAAUACAUACAUAUAUAUUUAUGAGUAUAUAGUUAUCAGCGUACGAAUAUUUUUUACGCUUAUUCUUACGUAAAAAUACGCCUGCACUUUUUGCUAAUCCUUAGUCCAAAAACGGGUUUAUAUUUACCCGAUAAAGGCAGUCAUGAAGUGGUAAAUUGAAGAAAUAUUCAAGAUCGAACUUACUCUGUUAAACUAUGCGGUUUCUGCACGGUUCAAUAUGAUUCCCAGAGAGUGCAUGCGCCGGGCCCGUGACAUGACACUGUCAUUAAGUGACGCAUUAAUUCUUCACUUAAAAUUGUACACAUCCUAAGGUUCUUUACUUUAUCGACGGCUACCAUAUAGCACAUUUCCCUCAUUCAGCAUGGUUUCUAAAAACCCGCCUACCUUGGUACAUUUUACCAUCCCUUGUGGUCAAACAUCACGCAACGUACGUUUUGCAUGCAUUUAGUUGUAAACAAUUUACAAGUGCCGAUAAUUCAAAAUUUUAGCAGCGAAGCAUUGUGCCACUGUAAUUUAUAACAAGUUGUCAUGCCAUGUUUUGCAUUUUAUUAGUCAGUAAUCGGUUUUUACAGAACAUGGCGCAGUAUUGGACUUUAUGAAGAGUCUUGAGGUUUAUCUGUACCUUACACCCUUUUCAGACAGCAGAUGCAUAUAACCUUCGUACUCUGGCGUUUCGUUCUCACUGCACGGGGAUGGCCUUUGAUUGCAGUUUUUCCACACGCUUUAACAGCAGCAGUGCAUUGGCUUGGGGAUUUCCAAAUCCAUGCACUGCUUUGAUCUUUUUGUGUCCCUUCUCAGACUAGUGAAUGAACUCACAAUGAAAUUAUCUCAAAGUUAAAUAGAUGAAGUGUGGGGACCUGAGUCUACAAUAAUGUCUUGCAUACUCCCAGCCCAAAGUAUAAAAGGGGUACGAAUGCUUUGAUGAAUAAAUGAGUACUUUUCAGCCGCAAAUAUCGGCAAUAUGCUUUCACUUUUGUUUUGCUAGAUAAGUCAUUAGCCCAGAACAUCUCCAAUACAUCUCGGAAAAAUAAUGUUGUCCGAAAUAAGCUUCCAAAAUUAAGUCUAAGAGAUGCAAAUCAGCAUGCAUAGAAUGGGAUAUUACUUGGCAACAACUCUGGUUGUCUGGUUGUUUUAUGAUCCAAGGGAAUCGUAAAAAUAUAUAAACGAGUCUGUUGUCCAAAAAGAUUGUCCAUUUGUUUGCCAGAGCAUGUUUCUGGGAUUACUGUGUUUAUGCAGAAACGACUUUAAAUCAUAGUUUCUAAAAAAUUAUAAAACCCAAAGAAGUGUCAUCCGCCGGGUCGGUGGUUGUAGUCUUUUUUAACUAGCUGGUAAACGAAAGCAACGGUACUAUACUUAAGCAUUUGGAUAGGGAACAUAUUAAAGGUGAGUGAGGUGCGAAAUAUUUGUUAUAUUUUAGCGUUUGCACCAAGACAUUAAACAUAAGGACAUGCGACAAACUUAUAAGUCAAUAGAAGUGGUUCAGUGAACUUGAAGUGGGGGAAAUUGAGGGAUAGCACGUCCUUGGCAAACAGUAUAGACACAGAAACUUGCAAAACCAUGUCAACCUCUAAUAAAGAUAUGGUUGUAUCCCUUAUGCGCAGGGUCAGCGCUUGCUGACCUUCCGAAUAAAUGGACGUUAAUAAUUUGCAACAGGUCGAGACAUUGAUCUCUUUUUAUUGCACAUAUCACACCUGCGGUCUCGCACGUUUACGAUGCAGGGGCGUUUCGGGCCACAAGUUUGCAAAUCAGCCCUCAAGUUGGUUUUUGUUUACUCCUGUCAAACCUCCUUGACCGUAGCCCAGGAUUUUGCCCUCUUUAAAUGGAAUUAAAAUUCCAAGGCAUCAUGGCAAGUUUCUGUGUAUGCUGAAUCUAUGAUUGUUUUGGCGGCAGUACUGUGGCCCAAAUAAAUAGAGUGAAAUAAUAAUAUAAGGUUCUUCGCUAAUCAGAAACGCCGAAAUGUUAUAAGAAUAAUAAACCCAUGAAUUUUUAGGGAAGACAUGCGUUCAUAAAGCGUCAUCUGAGAGAACACAUCUAUCGUAUUGCGAUGAUGGCCAAAAAUUAGGCAAGCUCAAGGCAGUAGGUUCUUUUUCGGGAACUGGGUUCCCUUCGUUCCCAUCAUGCCUAUAUGCAAUUUUUUCACCCAAAAAAGUGAAUUGUAUUUCAUAGCGACAUCAUGUACAGUAGGGCUUUAUCGUCUGUCAACACACCCGUUAGAAUUCAUUAGGGGAUCAACAAAACUCACCGUUGCCAAUUUUACCAAUGAGUUGUAAGGGCAAAAUUAAGCUUUACGGACCGUUCAAAUAUAGUUCAUGAAAAUGAAAUUUUUCCAUAUGCUUUAUCUUUACAGAUUCAUAGAUCAAACGUAUGAAUCACUAAACGAGGGUUAUGACUGGGCUUUUGAACAGCAAAGGUGAUUUUUGAUAAAGGCAGAUGAUGAUCCAAAAAGAAAGAACACAACCAUCAUAAUAAUUUACGUGUCCGCAUGUGUAUAAAUAAUCACAUGAAUGUUAUAUUUUUCAACUAUCUAAGAAAUAACCAUGCGUAGGAUGCCUUCGGCAUAUUUUAAAAGCAUCGGUUAUCUUACACGUGCUGGGGUUCCUACGACACGGACACCUCAUAAGCAACCCUUGAGGAUUCGAAAACUUAAUGCACUAUAACAUAGAAGGUUUUCUUUGGAUAUAAGGCAUGAAAUCAUGUCGUAUAUUUAAGAAAUAUUUCAAUACGCGGUCCACAAAAACGCAGAUUUAUAAAAUAACACUUUGGCACACUUUCAGCCGUAGGAAACAUGCAAGUCUGGCACCAAAAUUGGUUGUCCUUCUUGGGAAGGCACUUUAGAUGUUUGGGAGAAUGUUUGCACAAAAACGAAUAUGUCGUAGUCCGUAAAUCUAUGUGGGGCAGUAUUCAACACACACUGUUAUUGCAAAUCCGCGGACCGUAUUUUGUGCUUAAAGUCACAUUUAAUUUCUGCGGUGCUGGUCUGUCGGAGUUAGGUCCGCGAUGCGCAUACUAAGGCGCGAAACACGGGCUUUAUCGUAAAUGCAUACUUUCGGGCCUAUUCAUCCUAUUACGACUAUCUAUCCAGUGUUUAAACUCUAAAUCAUAGAUGGCAAAAUGGAUUGUGAGAGACUUAUGCUCUACAAGAGCACUCCAUCGAGGCGUCACAUACUUUGAUAUCCGAUUUGACAAAUGGUUUCAGCCGACCUAUUUAGUGGAAAAAUUAGUGUUUAUUCUUCUGGAUUUUCAUGAUCGUUUUACUUCAAUUAAUUAUCCAGUAGCGUCAACUUUGUGCCAUAGCACGAACGUCAUAAACCCUCUCAUUAGUAAAGUAAGAUUUUGAAUCCUAGUUGAGGCUGGCCUUUUUAUUAAGCCACCCCGUCUACUUUAUUGGGCAAGCUGAUUUUCUGAAUAAGGUGUGGGUGUUAGUAAAUGCUGCACACCGUCUGACAUGUCGUUAGCCGUUGUCAGGCCCAGCGUUUGCGUGCGGACCGCGGACUGAUCUCGAACUUUGGCGCUCAGCAUCAACUUCAGGUAACUUUCCUUGUUAUUCUGAAGAACACCGUCAUCUACCAACCUCAGCCAUGUCAUUUUUGCCCGGAUGUUACUCUGUGUCUGUAUCGAUUGCGCCAACUAAAGUGCAGAAAGGUUGAAUAAGACUCAUGGACAUCUUCGACUCUAGGAGGUCUUCUUCCAAACCCCGACCGUGUGGUUUGAUUUCGUGCAAGUAGUGACGUUUUAAAUUAACAAACGUUCUCUUGCGCAUCUUAUAAAGCCUGUUUUGCCGAUACAAGCGAAAAUGCGAGUUCCAGGAACUAGUUGGUCAGAAGAAGAAGCGAUCGCUGGAACAAUGGCUUUAUUCGCCUGAUGUUUCGGAUUCUCUCUUGAAUCCAUCAUCAGAUACAGUUGCAGAAAAGGGUGGCUAGUGUAAUACUGCGACUUCCUGUACACUAGCCACCCUUUUCUGCAACUGUCUCUGAUGAUGGAUUCAAGAGAGAAUCCGAAACGUCAGGCGAAUAAGGCCAUUGUUCCAGCGAUCGCUUCUUCUUCUGAUCAAAGCCUGCUUUGCCCUGGACUUUGCGUACUCACAACCACACUGGAACAGAUUUUCUAGUAUCGACGACUCCGAACUCAGCAACAUACAUGUACUUAUAGGAAGACUUGGACGAACUGUCUGUCCUCCUCGAGAGAGGGCUUCAGAAGAGGAGAGCCAAGAAGUCAAGUCCUUCAAGGUGUUUUUCCAGAGAAAGGCCUCCCCUUCAUUCUAAUUCACAUUCUGCCACCUGGAAGGUUCCCGCCAAACAAAAGUAUGACAGAAAGACGCUCAUCGUUGAGUAUACAUCCAGCUCAGACGAACUGUCUAAUGGCCUGGACACAUCCUCCUCGUCCUCCUCCUCCUCCUCCGCCUCAGCAAGUGACUCACGACACGAAACCGUUAUGAAUUAUUCCUUCAAGUCGGGCUCUCUGUCUGGAGACCCUCCCAAUUGCAUCGGACACGGUGGCUUCCUGUCCAUAGGCAGGAGCUCGUUGAGUGCAUUGAACGCCAGGGAAAAGCGGAAGCUGAGUGAGCUGCUGUCGAAAAAAUUUCGGUCUCAGUCUGCUGACUCUGUGCUCAUGGCGGAGGGGGUGAGGCACACGAAGAAGGCGGGGGACGCUCCGUCACAAGCCAAAAGCAGUAAGUCGGUGCGCUGGAAGUCAGGGCACAAACUGGCAUCCCAUCGGCCCUCAAAGGAGAACAUAGAACCUGUCGCUGUAAGUUUCUAGUUUUUUUCUAAUAUAUUAAUGCACGUCCUAAAAUGUCCACUUGAAUGAUGCCUGAAAGUUACGCCGAAGAAGACUUUGGACAGUGUUCGCAGUUUCCGCUUGUGACAUCAAGCUUUGUAUCCUUGGUUGCUGAUGUUAACAUUAGUUGGAUUGCUAUGUCGCUCCUGACAAUGAAUUCUAAUCGGGCCUCUGGUCAUGGGUUCGGUUGUUUAAAUCAUCGUUUUACUCGACGAAACCAUGUGGCAGGAGAAAGCAGAUGUUAAGGGAAAGGUAGAGCGUGUUUUCCAUGUCAUACUGACCCCAGAACAUGCCCAGAUAGUCGUGUCGAUAAUUCAGCAGAUUCCCAAGUGAUUAAGCAGAGCCGCCUCGAUGGCUUCCCCAAUAAUAGAGGUGGCAGUACGCGCUAACGCGAAAAGAGUUCCCUAAGCAGCUCUAUUUGAAGGCAGGUGACAUCGUAUAUUUUUCCGUAAAUGAGAUCCACCUUCUGGUUGGCUUCGAAGGUGACUGCUAUUAAGAGAUUUAAAAAACUAGGAUGUUCAUUUUACCGUUAUUGACACCACAGUGCAUUCUCGUUUCGUACAAAAAAGCUGAAAACGAUCUAAUCGGAGGCUUUCUGUGUUUCUGUAAAAUAUGUGACAGCCAGUUGAGAAGUCGAGGAAUGAACUGCAGUCGGAGAUAGAAGUCCUUAAGAAGCAACAUCGCGAUGAAAUCGCAGAACUCACCUCAAGGAACAAGAAAGAGUUGUUGCAAACGCAGAAGACCGCCGAAGAAAGGUACCAAAGCCUACGUUCGACGUUGGAUCUGCUGGAAGAGAAACUUGCGCAGGCUAUGAUCACCUCAACGAAUCUUCACAAUCUAUCUACAGAAAAGGUAAAUGGCGAUUUCCACUUUAUAUGAACUUUGUGGUUCACUUCAAACAAGUGUCGGUUAAUCCAUUUAUACUUCAAAAAGGGGAACAGACAAUAACAAUGGAGACUACGAUGGUCAUUUCUGGAUUAGUAUUUAAAGUUAGCCAGCACUGCCGAACUCCAGGUUUAAGUGACCUGAAAUCCGAACCUGGAUUCUUUGGUUAUUGAACGUUAAGUAUUUCAAUACUCUACCACUGACCUUCUGGACUGUUGUCCUGCCGGUUGACAUGGGGAAUAUUAAUUGAUGUAGAAAGAAGAAUUCACUGAUCUGGUCGGUAUUCCUUCCUGCAUUGUUACUAGGUGCCACGCGACUGCCUGCGAGGGCUCCAAGCCCAGGACGCGACGGGAGGAGACUCCCCCGUGGCCUGGUCGAUGAACGUCGCUCCCCGCAAUCUAUCUCCAAAACGCUAAAAUUAAACUUCUUAUCACAGUGGGCGUUCACCAAUCAGGUUACGGAACAUGCUGGUUCCGUUGUGCCUUCGGACUCAUACUAAAACCCUCGCAGGCAGUCGCAGGUAGGCAAGUGAUCCACACUUGGGGUUAGCUAUGACUGGCUGGUGACGGCUAAUAAGCCAGAAAUGGCCAUUCUGGUCUCCCUUGUCUUUGUCGGUACCACCUGGUUUACAUCUACGACUAGUCUCUGUGCGACUGCCUGCGAGGGUUCUAGUAUGAGUUCCACGGCACAGCGGAACGAGCAUGUUCCGUGACCUACCUGAUCGGUGAGCGCCCACUGUCAUAAUUGAUAUUCUCGAUCACAGCCGACAGGACAACGCGCCCGUGGCUCCAUGGUAGAGUGUCAAACUGCAUGACCAAAGAUCCCGGAUUCGAACCUCAAGUGAUCCACACUUGGGGUUGGGUAUGACUGGCUGAUGACGGCUAAUAAGCCCGAAAUGGCCAUCCCGGUCUCCUUUGUCUUUGUCGACACCAGCUGAUUUACAUAAACUCCUAAUGCUCGCAGCAAAAGGUACGGCUGACUGUUUUAAAAUCGAAAGACAAAUUCAGAAAUUCGCAGAACAUGGCUAUUUUUCUUGCAAUAGAAUGUGUUAUAUGGUUGGAAAUAUGGGGUUUUUACCAAGCUCAAUGACCUUUGAGUAAAAAUCCUAGGUUGCUAUGGAGUUGCAGCUCUUCAUUAAUGUAAAAAAAAUUGAGCGACGCCGAUUUUUACGACCAUGUCUAGGAUAUGCCUUGCUGUGAUUUACAUUGUUCCUUUUUAACUUCCUCAAAAAUUAACUGCUAACUUGGAGUAGAUCAGUUUGAAGUAAGGUCUACAAACGUGGAUCGAAAUUUGAUGUAUGGAUACCUGGACCGGUGUCCAUCAACCACAGCAGGAUAACCGAGUAAUAUUCAUUAACUGCCGACAAUCAGCUGGUAGUAUAUACUGGGUUGCAGGAUACCUGUUCGAAGUUUGGCAAAUAUUACGCGAUUAUCCCGCUGUGCCAGAUGGACAUCGGCCCAAAUAUUCAUGUAUCAAAUUUCUGUCCACGCCUACAGACCUUGGUUCGAACUGAUUUACUCCAAGUUAGUAGUCAAUUUUUGAGGAAGUUAAAAAGCAACAAAUUUCAAGAGUGUCUACUAGAAACCAUACGAGGGAUGUUGGACGACUCACAGAUGAGCCGAACCCUUCACAACUGUGCCAUGCAGCGGCAGAAUUUUGGCGAGACAGGUGUGGGUUUUUAGCUAGUACCUGUGCUAAUAGUAUGAUAUCCUGCAACCCAGUGCGAUAUACAUGUUUUAACCUUGCUCAAAGUACCAUAGUUGACAGUACAGGUACUAGCUAAAAGCCCGGAAACCUUUCGUCCAUAUUCUGCCGCGGCACAGUUGCGAAAGGGUUCGGCUCAUCAGUAGGUCCCCUCAGCGUUCCCCAGGUGCUUUCUAGCAAAUACUCCAGUUUUGAAAUUGCAGGAUUUUAAUUUGCCCAGGAAUUGGUCGCUCACUUGAUGUAAAUCAGUCUAUGGUAUGGCAUAUCGUGCAGCCUAUAUGUAUACUACUGGCUGCCUGUUAGUAAUUUACGAAUAUUGCGUGGUCAUUCGGCUGUGCCUGGGUCUAUAAGUCUCAAGAGGCUGAUUUACUCCAAGUUGGCGACUGAUUUCUGAGGAAACUUAAAACCUGCAAGCUCUCACCAAUGUUACUGACUGUUCAUUAAAAACCCUGGAUUGUUAUUGGACUGCAGCAGCACACUGUUAUCCUUGGGAUGAUUAUGUCAGAAUGUUACUACCGAUAAAGACUAGGGGGACUGGGGUGGCCAUUUCUGGCUUAUUAGCCGUAAUCAGCAAGCCGUACCAAAACCCAAAGUGCGGAAUACCUGGAUCUUGAUGCAGCGACAUGUUAGUUAGAAGUCCAACGCCUGGGCUACGGACUCGUUGUCCGGUCGGUUGCGAUCUGGAAUAUACAAUGGUAGAGGGGCGCUCACGAUCGUUCUUACAGAACUCACUCGUACCGUUGCGCCUUACGGGCUCUCACGAUCGGUAAGCGUCGCUCUACCAUUGACUGGCUGGCGAGGGCUAAUAAGCCAGAAGAGGCCAUUCCAGUCUCCCUUGUCUUUGUCGGCAAUGCCAUUUUGCCUAUAUCAUGCGCCGCUGUGCGGCUGCUGGUUGGACUCGAGAGAGAGCCCCAAGGCACAACGGUAGGAGUGAGUUCCGUAAGAACGAUAGGUGAGCGCCCCUCCACCAUUGUGACUAUGUCAUCAAAAUACAGACACGUGAAAAAUAGUUGCCUUUUAGAAAUCCUCGUGCGCAGGAUUCCAGCAAAGUGUAGCAUGCAAACCAUAAGUCUGACCGCUUCUUCUCUGUCUUACCGUACUAUGGUAUACUCAAAGUGUUUGUCUCCUCAAACUGUCUGGACAAGGCAAGUCCAAAUGUAGUCUAAUCUUACAACGUCCUUAGAUUUCUGUUGCUGAAACGGAUAACUCAAACUCGUGCAUCGAGGUCGCCGACCGUCCGAUGGGACAGGUUUCACCACAGGCGCAAAAAGCGACAAACAGGAGGCCAGGAAGUUGCACCGACACCUCCCCAAGGGUUUUGUUCUCAGAAGAGACCUCGUCAGUGAAACCCUCAAAGGUGCAUGGAGCAUCUCUUGUCUUUUCUCACUAGAAUGCCCUAUCACUGAGGUAAUAAGAAAAAUCAACUCACUUCCAAAAAAAUCACAUUUUGGAUAGGAGAGGUAGCAGUGAGUAUUCAAUGGGAGGAGGAUUUCUGAGCAGUAACCAGGACAUUGCCGCAAUUUUUCGGGGUCAGUCUACAGCAUCCGCACUGAUCGACUUAAAAAUGAUGUGCAAGACGCAAUUUAUCUACUACUACUACUACUACUAAUACUACUACUACUACUACUACUACUACUACUACUACUACUAGUACUACUACUACUACUACCACUACUACUACUACCACUACUACUACUACCACUACUUCUACUACUACUACUACUAUUAUUACUACUACUACUACUACUAAUACUACUACUACUACUACUACUACUACUAAUAACGAUAAUAGCAGUUGUUGUCCCGAUAGACGAAUGCCGUGGAGAACAAAUGGAGAAGUCGCGAACUCAAACCUGGAAAACCCGACUUGUAAGACAAGGGAUAGUUUAUUUCACAUUCUGCUCGCUUCCUUCGAUGAACUCAGACGCCGUCAGUACAAUGGACUCACUGAGUUCUCUUCCUUUGUUGGCCACAAGUCGACCCUCUCUAACAUCUAAAGGCAGCCCAGAACGUAACUAGGGGGGCAGUUACCUCUCAGUAAGCGAACAAAUAUUUCAGACAAACACGAAACUGACAGUUACUCUCUUUCAACAGCCCCUAUGGGCUGAAGUUCGUGAUAAUGGGACUAGAUAAAUGGAAACGACUUGAACAAGCUACCGGAAGGGGAGAUGAGAGCUAGCAAAACAGAUGGCUAAGGAACUGCUUUUGUCAAGUGCUUUUGGCGAAGAUACUGGAGAAAGAAUUUAAUCUGUUCGCGCGCAGAAGAGUACGCAGAACGCCUUUGCCAAAUCAAGAGAACUUACGGCUUUUAAAGUUAAUCUUGUAAAAUAACAUCUCAGAGCCGUUGUAUUGUAUCCUUGUUUGCUUAGAAAAUUUGUCAGCGGGCUGGUUUGUGAUUUGCCUCCCAAAUUAUUCGGCAAGAAAGUUGGGUUUUGCAUGUGGAUCAAACUUGAGAUAUGUUGCUUUUAGUGCGCAAGAAUAUUUUUCCCUAUUUUAAAAGUCGAAAUAUGUUCGUUCUGCAAACCUGUUGCAAAUUGCAAGUUGAUGAAUUCUUCUUUUUUGCUAUUUUUAAAAAGGACCAGUUCACAGGAGAACCUCCCGAAAGUCACACAGAUUGUGAUGUUGAACCACUCUCCGCCAGUGAGAUCUCUAACAGACCUGGAUCCACCCUCCAGUCCGUGACUGAUGAGCUGGCCGAAACGCGAAACAGGUGAGACCCGCUCUAUACAGUAGGAGAAGUUAGGGAAUUAAGUAAGUUGAACUACUUAAAUAAGUCUGGAUGGCGAAGAACAGUUGAGCUUCCAGAUGGUGAACUCAUUUAGGUGACAGUAGCGAAAAGCGGGUUCCAGGGAGCAGUCGCGAAAAAGGAAACAUGAUCACUGGAACGGGAACUGUAUUACUCUGACGGUCCGAUUUUCACCCAAAUCCAUCAUCAAAGACGAAGUCAGGUAGGGGUAGUGGGUCACACAGAUGUUACAGCAUUUAUGAGAUAUGGUUGUAAUACAACUGCAAAAUUAUUGGAUUCCACGUUCAUCGCAAGUGGUUGUACGUGGUGUGAUAAUUUCCUAAUUGACCACAGUCGAGUUGCUACUUGUCGGACUUUCAUCGACUGAGAACCGAGAAACCAUGACUCGAGCAGUCCACGGUCCACGCAAUUAUUACCUCUCUCCAGAAUUUAGGCCCCAUUAAACUCGAAUUUGCGGCCGGGUCUCGUCGAAUGUGCUGCGACUUUGAAGCUGUGGGAGAAAAACAACCUGCUGGCCUUUUUGACGUGUUGAUCUGCCACAAAUAGUGUCGUGGCCUAAGCACAAAAGAGACAAAUACGACAAUCAUACAAACGCGGUUGUGUAAAAACGCAAUAUCAGCGUGUGGAGACGCACUGCGGGGAACUGGAAGACAAAGUUACUGAAUUAGAAUAUUUUCCACGGGUGCUUAGAACAAAUGGCUACCCAUGCAACUUCGUCUGCCAGUGCAUAUGCAAACGAGACAAGCGGCCAAAGAGCACCAACCCCGAAUUUUGACAAGCUAUCCCAAAGUGUAAAACGUCUCGGAAACCGUCAGCCGCCUUCUCAUGCCCCAUGGAUUUGGGGCUGCAGAGAGACCGGAGGCGACUAUAAGACGUCAGAUCAUGAGGCCAGAAGAUCCACUGCUACGGCAACAGGCGUCUGGAGCCAUUUUUCGGGCCUGGCGCAGCUGUGGGCUAAGCAGCUACGUCGGAAAGAUUGAAAAAUUAUCCUGGACGCGGAUGGCUGAGCAUGCAGCAGCAAUAAGGAGGAAAGACGCCAGCUCCAAGUCGCGACUCAUUCGAAGGGACCCGGCCUUAUUUUCAAGUUUGAUGAGGAUGCAAUCCUCGCAAAAAAAGACAACCGCGUGAGCUGCGAGCGGCUCGAGUCAUAGUUCCCCAGCCCUUAGUGGGAUAACAAUCGAAAUGACCGCCCCGCUCCAUAUUCUGCCCUGAGACUUUGCCGAGCAAAGUAGUUAGUCAUGUGGGAAGCUCGCGGGAAGGCCAGUGUCGGCGAGCAAACAUCCCCACGGGUGAUGAAAUUCCGGCCAUUAGCAAUGUGGGUGUCGAAGGUUUUGACAGGUAUGCAGGCGCAUACUAACUGCGUACGGCAACACCCGCUAGUCAGACAAUUAUCCCACCACUGGCAACCUUCUGCGAUGCAUUCAGAAGCCGCCAAUUGCAUAAACAUGCAAAGGCACAGCCACUGCACCCUAUAAAUACUGCAGUACUUGUGCGACACCUACUCUUAUUUACUUCUGUCUCUGAUAAGGGAUUCGAGUCGGAAACCCCGGAUUCGUAAAGUUCUUUUUCGACCGUCGUGUCUCAUUCGCAACUCAUUUAGUGUAAUCACUUACAGUAGGUGUGCCAACUCAUGAAAUGUUAACCUAAAUUCUGAAAUGCGUCUUCGUUUCGAAAAGACUACUUAAGUAGGGUUGUAAAAUUAAUCAUCGUACAGCAUUCUAUAAUAAUUCAGUUACCUUGAAAUACCGGCUUUCGAACGAACAUUUUUCCGGCCGCACACAAAAUUCCGCGCUCUGUAAAAAAGGCCUACUUAAGAAGCAUGAAUUUUUUCUUAUUGAUUUUCGAUGCCCUUAAAAAUUCAAUUAAACUUCAUGGAAAAUAUGCAUAAAAAUAUUCAUUCUUCUACUCAUUCAGUAGGAAAUUACGUUUUCUCCCAAUUUUAUAUUAAAAGAAAGUGUACAAUUUGGUUUCUAAAAGUUUCUAGUCAUGAGAUUUUUAAAUACCGUGAAAUGCCCGUGUCUUUUCAUUUAGUAAUUUGGCUUGUAAAGUUUACAAUAUGCUCAAAUCCACUGUUAAGUUUUAUGAACGCCAUGUGGUCUCCUCCUAAUGCCCUAGAGAAAUGUACGGUUUACCGUACGCGGAAAAUGGAUGGCUUGUAGUUUGGAAACCCUGAACGCAAGUUUGACGGCAGGUCGGAUUCAAAAUUAUUCGGAAAUUGGAAAAGUUUUUGAAAACCGAAUUAUACCCAUUUUUCUAGUAUAAAAUUUGAAGAUUAGGCAAUUUUCUACCGAAUGAGCAGAAGAAUGAAUAUUUGUAUGCAUGUUUUUAAAUGAAAUAUAAUUUAAUUUUUUUAGGACAUCGAAAAUAAAUAAGAAGAAAUCCAUGCUCCUUAAGCAGGCAUUUUUUACGGAGCGCGGUUUUUGCAUGCGACCGGAAAGAUAAUCUUUCGAAAGGCGGCACCCCGAGGUAGCCGAAUCAUCUUAGAAUUAUGCUGCAUGAUGUGUAAUUUUUCAACUCUACCUAAGUAAUCUUUUCGAAACGAAAACGCAUUUCAGAAUUUUGGUUAACAUUUCUUGAGUUAGCACACCUAGUGUACUUUGGUGGGGAAAAGCCGGGCAAAUAUCCCACAGUCGCACAAAUGUGAGUGGUAUGGUUGCCAAUAAAUCGACCGACAUGAAAUAAAUGCUACGAUUUACGAUUCUACGAACACCAUAGAAUUGCAAAUUCUGUUGGUUUUGAAACAGUCCUUGAGUCCUUGAAAACCCACAUAAAAGGCUCGUUGGCCUCGGAUGUGGCCAUUCUCUUAAAAAUUUGUCUCGCCAUUGCGUGAUUCAGCAUUAUCUAUGCUGACUGCGACCGCUUUGGCCUAUACAAAUUGGUUCCUGUCCUGUUCUGCCUUAAGUUCAGUUGAUACUUGAGAAAAGCAUAUCACUCUUUUAUCUGACAAAACUCCCCAAAAAGGGAUGUUUUGAGAAGCUUUUAGUAGACGAAUCCAUACACCUCCUCUCCUAAAAGCAAAAUAGAACAAAUGGGCGUUUAAUUCUGGAUUUUUUGAAUAUCAUUUUCCAUACCUAUACGACUCCUUUAGUUCCCCGGGUAGAGAAUCUUUCGGACACGGAGCGUCUUUUUUACCAGACUGACAGAUCUCUUAAAUGCAGAUGUUCGCAAGUUUACUUCAUACGCAGUAACAUCCCGGCUUUCGUUAGGACAUCCUUCCAAUCCACUUCUGCUGCUCGUGCGCUGAAAAUGUUGACAACUUGCAUCACCUUCCCUUCCCGUAUUUUGAUGUAUUUUUACAUCUUCUAGUUCUUCGUCUGGACGGGGAUUUUUUAGUUUUGGGAAGUGUGAUAUUAUGUGGACGUUUUGGACGCUGCCAUAACUAGUCGGGCACCCUUGUAUCCGAGCAAAGAAGACUGAUCGAGCAUCUGAACCAUUCGUUUAUUUGUCUGAGCUAUCGAACUGUCGCAGGAAUCCAUCGUCAGAGAUAAAGGCGGUGAUGAAACAGGCAACAGCUAUAAGUGAUAACUAGUCAAUUACCUAUCAGUGUCGCAGGCAUAGAGGCGGCUGCGCAGAACUCUGUAUGCAGGCGACAGAUCGACAUGUGGGUUGACUGAGUCCUCAUCCGGGACUCAGGUCUCAAUCAAUUCUCGGCUAGUUUUGUUGCCGGCAUAGGCGACUGUCUUGGUGGUUACUUACCAAUGUUCCACCGUGAUGUAUAUCAAUUGCAAUAACUUGGGACUGUUUGAAGACCACUCUAUAGGAACAUGAAGGAAUAUUCUAAAUAACUCAAGAACAAAUGCAUGUGAAAAUGCGAAUAUAUGGAAGUAGGUCGGAAUUAUUCAAAUGAGAUGCUCAACUCCUUCAAGAUUGACUUUAAAGAGGGUAUAAAUCCAUAACAAGUGACCAAAAAUGACGUAUGGGCGGAACAAAUACACCCUACUUCGUGUUUGACCAGUUCAUCUGUGCGAUUGGCUGGAAAAAUGAUAGGCCAACCGCCAGAAUUUCACAGUAUUACAAAUUCAAUUAAGAAAUUCAUUUCGCCAAAAAUCAUAUUUAAAAAUUCCCAUGGAUACUCAACAUCUUAUAGCGCAAACUGACUAGUACAAGAUGCCCUCCCUACUGAAAUCACUUUGUUUACAAAACGAAGGGAGCGUUUCCUGCUUGCACGGCAACUCUCGCCUAAAUGCUGUUUUUUUAACUAAGUCGGGCUGUUUAUGAGUUUGUUGUCUUCUUAAAAUAGAACAUCGAGACGCCAAAAAUUGCGUGCUUCGACCUAUGUACUUAUCUUGUAGGAUUCAUUCAAGUCUUCCACUCUUUCAAAUGCUGGCGAUCAAGGGGUUGAAAACCGUGUCAAAAUCAAUUCUUUUUCGAGGAGUUAACCCUGUUUACCGUGCAGCAGAAACACUCAAGGUCCAUAAUUAACGUCAAACUUUUUACUCUAAAGAAGCUUGCGAAUCUUCCUUGGUCUCUGAACUUCAUUGGUCCUCCCUGCCUAUGUCACCUACCUCAGAGUCUUUUAAAUUGCGACCGAGUAUUCGUUAAAGUGGAUUGGGUUUAUGACCACUGUUCUCUUUUGUAAACAAUGUCAUUGUCCUUAGUACAAACACCGUUUCGUAAUUAUAAACUCUUGAGUUCCCCUCUGUUUUCAUGUUGGACGCCUUGUGCACAGAUUAACUGAGGUGAACCAGGAAUUCGAGAGGAAAUACGCCGAGUUGAAACUUGAGGUGAAGGAGGCGAAGGAGACGUACGCCGCAUCGACCGACGUCCUGAAGAACGAAUCUGAGAUGUCCUUAAGGGCAAAGGAUGCAGAAAUUCAAAAGUUGCAGGAGAUGGUAUGCUCUAGAUGUGGGCUUGUAUGUCGCUUGCUUUCUAUGUUUUUGAGCGCAAUUAACAGCCUGAUCGUUUUAGGUAAACACAUAGAAUGAGUUUAUAUGAAGAAUGGUGGGAUCGACUAGACGAUUGUACCCUGUUAUAAUCUACUUCGACGAGUCUUCCUGCAAAUCAGUUGUCAUAAAGUCACAGCUUUUGCCAGGCAGUUAGGGCUGUAGUUGCGUAGCCACAAAUCCGUCCGCAGUUUAGUCUUGAAAUUGGAAGAUUAAUGUGAAUCCGACAAGUACAGCUACGUAAGACGAACCUUUUUAGCUGUGCAAAGGAUUGAGACAUGUUUGGUGGACAAUAUGCCUCCUGAAAUCGAGACCUUCAACUUGUCCAUUACAACAAGAACGGUGUCUAUCGUUACACUUUCCACUGAACGCACAAUUUGUUCGAGAUUUCAACACAACCAACACCGACGCGGUUCAAGGUUCAACGUAAAAGAUGAAACAAAUAUUUCUACUCAUCCAAUUUGAGUACGCUGUUUCCCAUCUAGACAGGAGGACCACGUCAACGUUGUAACAGACUUGUUUUGCGAAGGAGACUUGAUGCUAACUCAUGCAUUUUAUCUGGCUGAUGUUAUGAAUUCGCUCGGAAACUCAUCAGCGGAAAAAUCAAGUGAUGAGAAACUCGCCUGUUCGUUUGUGUUGGAAAGUCAACUUUCGCAUAUGCUCGAGGAACUAGAAUUGACUCCUCUGGUCGUAUAAUAUCGACCUGUCCUGGAGGCGCUCGCAUUCACGAAUUCAUUCGUACACGUAUGAGAACGUCCAGCGGGGAAUGCUUAGAGCAGAGUAAGUGUGAAUUUGUGCAAAUUCCCAUAUCAGUAAUCAGAAGACGAGGUGGCGAGCAUACGUAGCUUUCGAUAAAUACUCGUCGGGCCAGUACAAUUAUAUGGGAAGGGGUAGAAUUAAAACACGUCAGUGAUAAGAUAAAUCGAUUAAAUUUUGCCUUAAAACACAGGCUGGGUGCGGGAAUGUGGGGGAAGGGGGGGAGUUAAUAGCAGUCAGUGUGAGGGGCGGGGUGAGGGCGGAAGGGCGCGGGAGAGUUGUAGCGUUAGUCGACCUUCGACCACUGUAGGCGUGGAGCCUGAACGUGGUUCUUCUGUGCGCACAAGAUUGGUUUUUGCAACGCUUACCCAAGAGAAUCUGGGAACACCUCCCGGCAUGGCUGGGAAAACCAGGAGAAUAAUCAGCACCAUUCUCGCGCAUGUGGUCGACUCCGGACAUCAUGUAGACCCCAGUGAAGAGUUUCGUGUGAUCUAUAAGGUUCCAUCGAACUAUCCUAAACCACUGGAACAGAGCCUGUUAGCAACAGCAGAGGCGGCCGCCAUCAGGUUGCGAAAACCAAUCUUGUGCGCACAGAAGAACCACGCUCAGGCUCCGCGCCUGCAGUAGUCGAAGGUCUACUAAUGUUGCAACUCCCCCCGCGUCGUGUCCUCACAGAGCUUUGCGCCAAAAUGGACGUCAAUAGAGCAAUCUCACAUCUCCAACGCGUACUGAAUUCCCUGUGAAAAUUGAUUUGAUUUGCUACCUAGAUGACAUGGCCUGAUCUUCUCCGAGCGUGCACAAUAAAUCAGAUAUCACAUGUGUACGUCAACUUCUUAGCUGGCUAUGUAAACUUUCAAAACGAAUAAAACUCAUUGAAUGUGUUCUUAGUUCGGCGACUGGCGUCUAGCAGAGAAACUACCCGAAAGUAACAUUCGGCACGUGUAACGCAAAGACCCCCGGAAGAUGUCAAAGUGGAGCUCUUUAUCGACGUAUAUCGUGCAUUCCCCCCGUGAGUGCGUUUAAGAGGCGUCUGGAUAUUCGUCUGUUAAACGUUAACCAGAGCUCCCUUAGCUCCGUCUAACGAGACACUGUUAUAAUUACAACCAUGCUACUAAAUUUGUUUUCAAUAAGUCAUUUUGGUUACAUGAACUUUUACCCUGGUGUGCAUACUGCGUGCAAACGCUGUGGAUGGGUUGUUCUCCGUUAUUUCGCAAAUUCUCCGCCUUUCAACACUCAUUUUCCAUGAUGACCCUUAUGCAUUUCGCGUGCUAAAAUUGCCAGUAAAAUAUUCGCAAAUUAAAUGCCUUUCAUACAAACCUGUAUUGUUUAAAUGGAGCUUUCAAGGACUUAUGUCAUUUACUCCAAACACACUGAUGGAUUGACUAAAAUUAUUAUAUGUCCCUCACGUGAUUAUAGUGUGUGUCAAUUCAAGAGCUUCGCAUGUUUCCGAAGUUCGAAGCUACCGUGCUCCUGAUUGCCUUAUGCCUUUUCCCUCGCAUUCUUCUCAGUGCCGGCCUUCUUCCUGCAUAGUUACAGGCUUGGAGUCUUCGCGAAUCCGAGGCAAACACUCGUUGGGAAGCCGACAAAGCCGAAGCCAUAUCUGCAGCAGAAGCUCGAGGGAGGGAAGAGGGUAUAAGAAGCCAAGAGUUACGGAUUUCUGAACUAAAGACGAACCUGGAGCAAAAAUGUUCCGCAAUUGACACACUGCAGGUAACUUCUGUUCGAUAUUAUGAUGAACACCUCUGGUUGUUUGAGCGAGAACGCACAUAAGUCACUUGGCGGGAUGCGUUAACUAUCGAUACAUGUGUGGGAUUUUUAGAGUUCGUGAUGAAGCAUACUUUUCUUUGGGCAUAUUUACCAUUCAUUACAUUGUAUGAAUAGACGUGUAGCGCCUCAGAAUCGUUUAAGUCUUCUACCUCUGGCACCCACGCCGCGCUGGGGAUCAUGUGAUCACGACUCUCGAGCGCCAGAAUGUUAGUACAUACAGCUCCGAGGAUAGCCAAUCACAGGCGUCCGCAAACUCCACCAUCAUCCAAUCAACUGACCAGACUGAGUCUCACGUGACGCUUAUUCACCCAGGCCAGGUCACCCUGUCGCACGAACGUGCGCGCACCUACAGCCAGCUCCCUCUUGGGGACUCUGACAGCCAUCGGGCGUCUGUACCGAAUAUAUUACUCUUUCUGGUGUCUUUCCCCUUCUUUAAAGCGGGACUUGGCCCUGAUUAUUGUGUCGCUCUGAGUACAUUCCCCCUCCUUAGAAGACACAAACGAACUAAAUUCACUUGACAGAAGUGUACCACUAACUGCAUUGACCAUUUUCGACCUAUUUUCUGUCUCCAGUCAACAGUGCUCCAGAACGCAGUCUGAGCAACCUUAAGCGUGGACCGAAGUCCAAUUGCCUGUUAAAAUCAACACUGACUCACGUUCGUAUAACGUUUUACAAUCUAACCUGACCGGUACGUGUCACCGCAAGGCGACAGCAAUCUAAACCAGUUCUAAAAUUCUGGAGAAAUAACUAACUGCCGACAUAUCCAAAGAAAGUGUUCAUUUGGUUUCAUCCGACCAAAAACCGGCUGACGCAGUGAGGAGGCGUCGGACGAUUUACCCGUGAAAUAAUGACAGCGUCCGUGUUAAAAGGUCUACUGGAACUCUUUAAGUAGCAUUAUGUGAGCUGAACGCCAGCCUUGAAGAUCUGCGGGGGCGCCAAUGUUGACGACUGCUGCGCAUACGUUAGGAUAAAAUGGAAAAAGAAAGCAUUUCAGAAGAAGAAGAAGAAGAAGAUGUGGUCACUGGGAGAAGAAGUUUAUUGGCCUGACAUUUCGGAUUCUCACUCGAACGAAUCCUCAGAGACUGCGCGGGAGGGGAGUCCUGGGCCUGCGCAGUGAGACUUUCUCGAUGCAGUUCUGCUGCGACACUUUUGUGGUUCAGUCUGGCCUCACCAUCUCAAGACAUCCUUUCACAGCAAAAUUUCUUGUCUUAUCUGGAUCGAUGGGAUAAUCCCUUCUUUCUAACUUCCACGACUUCAGAAAGAAAACCGCGAACUUCAGGUGCGACUGGAGAACGCCCUGACGGAGCUCUCUGUUCGUGAAAAGCAUUGGCUGGCGGACAUGGAGAAAACUGAGAGGAUUCACACGGAACGAGUGGCCGACAUGGAGGAGCGUUGCCGUCGGCACAGCAUGGACGCCUCUUUGGCCCUGUCAGAAGCGACGGUGACCAGCUUAAACAAGCAGAUAGCAGAGUGGACAAGUCGUCUUCAAGCAGAAAAGGCAGCCAGCGAGAGAGAGAUGAUGGAAUUGUUUGAGAAGAGAGUGGUUGAACUUUCUGAAAAGGCCAUCUCCGAGCAGUCAAGGAUAACUAGCGAGGUGAGUAAACUUUGAUUUUAGGGGUGUUAGAUGGUAGAGCCUCGGCUCCAAGGGUUGUGAGUGUCUGCUAACAGCAAACCAUGGCUCUCGCAGCCUGAUGUGCGUUGGCAGUUCUCCGGUACCUGGUCCUCUGGCGGUGGAUAUGCGUGAGCUCCCGCUGGGCUUACAAGUCCUGUGCAUGUCUGCCUAGUCAUCCACAUCUUUUCUGAUGUUGUUGUCAGUCAAGAUCCUAGUCAAGUGUUUGUUGUGGACCAGGGGUGUGGAAUGGAACGCCAAGGUGCGGGUUCGACCGCGCCACCCACCUGCGUCCUCCCCACCUCCACUUUUCUUGGCCCUGUCUUGACACCGGGUCCAGGUGGAGAGGUGGGGAGAGCGCGGCAGAUGCUUCGCAAGUCUGCCCUCACGAUAAACUAAUUCAUGCGCAAGCCGUCGUGGCUGCUUCACCUUGCUCUAGAGCACACGGUUGACAUCGUCGGAUGUGACGGUCGACUGUCAUCAGAUGAUACAACAUCCUUGUAGCCACUUAUCUGAAUUUCCGUGUCAGCCAACGACACAAUUUCGAGCGCAGUUUACUGGCUGAUAUCUAAUCUUGAAAUCGUCCAGAGCACUUUAAACUUCCCUGAUUAACCUAGUGAUUUUUGCUCUACGCGCUCAAUAACAUCAACGGGAUGCAAGGUUGUGUGAGGUAAAACAAAAAAUCCAGCAAACAGCUAUAUAAAGCUAGCUCAGAAGGUCUCAGGUGCGCGCCAUUAUUAUGUAUAAUCUCUUGAGGAUAUAAAGGCUGAGCUUCAAUACAGAUGUAAUGCCUACUGAUCCUUGCAUAAAACACGAUGGUAAGGUGGUAAAGAUAAAGUACAGUAGGUGGGCUAACUCAUGAAAUGUCAACCGAAGUUCCGAAAUGCGUUUUCGUUUCCAAAAGAUUAAUUAAGUAGGCUUGUAAAACUGGUCAGUCUGCAACAUAAUUCUAUAAUAUUUCACUUACCUCAGGAUACCGGCUUUCGAAUGAACUUCCUUCUGGCAGCAGGCAAAAGCUAUACUCUGCAAAAAACGACUACUUAAGUAGCAUGCAGUCUUCUCAUUGAUUUUCCAUGCUCCUAAAAGUCCAAUUGUAUUUCAUGGAAAACAUGUAUAAAAAUCUUCACUCUUUUGCUCAUUCCGUAGCAAAUUACGUCUUCAUCUAAUCUUAUACUCGAAGAAAGGGUAUAAUUGGGUUUUCAAAAAGUUUUCCAAUUCCCGAAUAAUUUUGAACCCGUUCUACCGUCACACUUGGAUUCGGGGUUUCCAAACUACAAGCCGUAUAUUUUCCGCGUACGGAAAACCAUACAUUUCUCUACGGUAGUAAAGGGGGAUCAUAGAGGGUUAGUAAAAUUUAGCAGUGGAUUUGAUCCAUAUUGUUAACUUUACAAGCCACAUGGGUAAAUGCAUAGAUAUGACGAUUUAUGAAUGGUCAUUUCACAGUAUUUAAAAGGCCCACAGUUAGAAACCUUUUUAAAACCGAAUUAUGUCCCUUCUUCGAGUAUAAAAUAAGGAGAAGACUUAAUUAUCUACCGAGCGAGCAAAAGAAUAAAUAUUUUACGCAUGUUUUCCAUGAAAUACAAUUGGACUUUUAGGGGCAUCGAAAAUCAAUGCGAAAAGUGCACGCCACUUAAGUAGUCAUUUUUUUCUGAGUGUAGCUUCUGCAUGCAGCCGGAAUGAAGUUCGUUCAAAAGCCGGCAUCCUGCGGUAACUGAAAUAUUAUAGAAGUAUGUUGCAGACUGACCAGUUUUACAACCCUACUUAAUUAAUCUUUUCGAGACGAAAAUGCAUUUUGGAAUUUCGGCUGACAUUGCAUGAGUUAGCUCACCUACUGUAUAUGACCGAGGUCAGAAAAGGGCGACCGCUGGAGCAUGUCUUACGGGAAUGGUGGUAAUGCGUGUUAUACCACUGGGACCUCAGAAUCGUAGUGGAGGCACCUUAAAAUGUAACUACCCGAAGGAGACUCCGUGUCCGGCAGAGCGAUAUGGGUCCACUUGGACUUAGUUUAGUUCCGCCUUUUAUUUGAGCUGAACUGCGCAGGCCAUAUUGCGGAUGUAAAAGAGUCGGUCGAGUUGUAGUGUUCCCCGUUGGGUUACCUGGACGUGAUGGCGAUGUAGGCGGUACGAAUAGGCAUAGGAAGACACCCCUUACGUACCCUUAUCUGCGGACAAAUCUGUUGCUUUUUAAUAAAGAAUCAGGUGUGGGGAGUGCAGAACAAGGAAUCCAUACAGCCAUUUUUGUAGCACCGCGUCCGCAGGCCAUAUUGCGGAUGUAAAAGAGUAGGUCGAGUUGUAGUGUUCCCCGUUGGGUUACCUGGACAUGAUGGCGAUGUAGGCGGUACGAAUAGGCAUAGGAAGACACCCCUUACGUACCCUUAUCUGCGGAUAAAUCUGCUGCUUUUUAAUAAAGAAUCAGGUGUGGGGAGUGCAGAACAAUUAGUCCAUACAGCCAUUUUUGUAGCACCGCGUCCUCGAAUGGGGAGUUUAGUUCAAAAAAUGUCAUUCUGGCAGGAGUAAACCGUCAAGGCGCAUGUCUGGAUGCGGACCAAAAACUCCACCGAAUAAUGCCUACGUAGGUAAAUAUACUUAUCAGUUCUCGAUUGUAUCUCUACCCUACUACCGUAAAUCGUUCAGAGCGAAAUGAGAAGGAGUAUGCCGAAAAAUGCCAUUCUAGUUAGAGCAUGAAUUUUGGGAACAUUAAAAGGCUUGAAAUUAAUGUCCGGAAUGUGUGCCGGAUUGCACCAGGGGAACAUUGAGGGCCCCGCAGCUGUGUCUUGCAAAACCAUAUAAUCGGUAAAGCAGUGGUUGGUUCACACGCUGCGAGUACAGUUAAAUAAUCAAUAACUAUGCCUUAAGGACGUUCCGACGUCCUCCUGAUUCAGCAAAAUGUUUUGCCUUGUAUUCGUCAUAGAUGAUGAUUCAUGCCAUAACAACGGACAAACACGAGCGUCGGGUUAUCCGGACAUGGUGGAGAUGUAGGCGGUAGGAAUAGGCAUAGGAAGACACCUCUUACAUACCCUAAUCUGCGGACAAAUCUGUUGCUUUUUAAUAAAGAAUUACGUGUGGGGAGUGCAGAACAAAGAGGGGUGGACCGAGACAACAGUUGUUACAUGUAUGUCCAAAUUAUCUCUAGUUGGUGGUACUGUCGAUCAAAAUGGCCGAUUUUCGAGGGGGUACAUACGAUAGGUAUGCUAAUUUAUGAAAUGUCAACCGAAAUUCCGAAAUGCCUUUUCGUUACGAAAAGAUUAAUUAAUUAGGGUUGUAAAACUAAUCAGCCUGCUACAUAAUUCUAUAAUAAUUCAGUUACCACAGGACGUCGGCUUUCGAACGAACCUCUUUCCGGCUGCAUGCAAAAACUACACUCUGUAAAAAAUGACUACUUAAAUAGCACGCAUUUUUUCAUUGAUUUUCGACGCCCUUAAAAACUCAAUUAUAUUUCAUGGAAAACAUGCAUAAAAAUACUCAUUCUUUUGCUCAUUCGGUAAACGUUACGCCUUCUUCCAAUUUUAUACCCGAAGGAAAAGUACAAUUAGGUUUUAAAAAAGUCCCUAAUUGCGGGACUUUUACAUACCGUGAAAUGACCGUUCAUAAAACGUCAUAUCUCUGCAUUUCCCAUUAUGGUCGUAAAGUUAACAACAUUGUUCAAAUCCACUGCUGAAUUCUAUGGACCCCAUAUAGUCCCUUCUUAAUACUGUAGAGAAAUUUAUGGUUUUCUGCACGCGGAAAAUGUACGGUUUGUAGUUUGGGGACACUGAAUGCAAGUGUAACAGCAGGUCGGGUUCAAAAUUUUUCGGGAAUUGGAAAAGUUUUUGAAAAUCGGAUAAUACCAUCCCUUCAAGUACAAAAUUUGAAGAAGACGUCAUUUUCUGCUGAGUGACUAAAAUAAAGAAUAUUGUUAUGUAUGCUUCCCACGAAAUAUAAUUAAAUUUUUAAGGGCACCGAAGAUCAAUGAGAAAAAUGCGUGCUACAUAAGUAGUCAUUUUUUACAGAAUAUGGUUUCUUGCAUGCAGCCGGAAAGAAGAGAAGUUCGUUCGAGAUCCGACAUCCUGAGGUGACUGAAUUAGUAUAGAAUUAUGCUGCACGAUGAUUAAUUUUACAACCCUGCUUAAUUAAUCUUUUCGAAACGAAAACACACUUCGGAAUUUCGGGUUGACAUUUCAUGAGUUAGUCCACCUAUUCUAUGCACAAUGGAAUCGGUGUAUACCGAUUUGCUUGAUUUUUAAGGAAAAGCAGCCUCUGAAGCUGGUUGCUCAGAUCACAACUAGGUGGCCGGAUACCAGCAGGACUCUUAUGUUUUGGCGAGUUGCCAUGCGACGUUGGAGUUUCGGUUUGCUAACAUCAGUCAAGCGAGACUGCUGGGGAAUCGAUGUGUUUUGUCCCAAUGCCACCAAGACCAUGCGUCACUUUGUAGCCGCGCAUAUCCUAAAGUUUAAAAUCUCACUUUCUUGGUCUAAUCCAGCUUCAUGAGGCCCAAAUGGCCAAUGAGCGACUGCAAAUGGAAAUAGAAGAGACACGGCAACGACUACGGGAUGCUAUCAAUUCAGAAAAUGCAACUAGAAACCGCCAGAUUGCCUUCAAGAAGACCGCCCAACGGAAGCUGAAGGACCUGAAAGCCAAUCAUAUGGCCAGUCUGGCGGAGGUGAGGCGCCAGACUAGAGCUCAGAUGGAGAACGACCGCAAGCGAUGUGAGGAAAGGUAUUCAGAAGAAAGAGCCCACCAGGCCGAGGAGCUCAAGACAGCAGUUGACAGGGUCUGGUAUUUGUUCCAUUUUCCCCAUAACAGUUAUUCCCUGUUCAGCAGUUAAAAAAGUUAGGUUUGUUUUGGGGCGCGCACGGAUCCAUAAAUUUCCCGCAGCAAAAAAUGUUCCGCAUGGGUGGCCAAGGUCACAAACAGACAACCAAACACCGGGUUGAAAUCGGUCACGUUAUAGUAUCGAAGGGGGAGACGACAGAGUGCAGGUAGACAGACACAGAACUGGUUUUUUACUUAUGCUACCUUUGUUGAGCCAAUCAAAGGCCAACAUCUGUGAAGAGAAACACAAACACGCCCUCGCACACGACGAAUAUGGUCCACAGACGGGGUCUAGCAGAUGGGUCAUAAACACUUCAUCGAACCGAAGUACAUCAGUGCCUCGCCCUCUAUCAUUCUCUGUCGCUGCAGAUCAGAGUUUGUUGGUUUUGGAAAACUAGUGGAUCGGUGUGUACCCAUUCCUGAUUAUACAAUUACCCGGUCCGCAGCGACAGAGAAGGACAGGUGUCAAGGCACUAAUGAACUUCGGUUCGAUGAAGGGCUUAUGAUCUAUCUGGUUGACCCCGAUGGUGGGUCAUUUACGCCAUGUGUGUAUAUGCAUAUUUGUGUUUCCGGUUUCAGAUAUGAUUGGCUGAAUGAAGGCUAAUAAUCCCGAAACCCUCUCUGCAAUUACAGAACGGUCAAGUCAUGCCAUCUUCCAAGUAGGUACUGCUAUUGUUGACGAUGAGGCUAAAUCCGUGGUACAAUCGUUGGUAAGAUGUGGUUGUGUAGCCCAACCUGAUGGACACAAUGCUGUUAAGGUUAGGGUUACGGGUUGAGGUUAGAGAUUAGGGCAACUAAUUCUCAACUACUCAAAGUACAACCGCGCAUCCCCAAUAGUUUUUCUGUUACAUACAACUAUUUUACCUCUUCGCUUGUGCGUUCCGCGGCCCCACCUGUAAAAACCCUAUUACCAUCGGUCCCGUAUUACAGCUGGCUGGGGUUCGUUAACAUCAGGCGGGGCUACAUAAUCACAUCUGACCCAAUCGCUGCAUUGUCGGCGAUAGUAGUCAUCUGACUACACAGCCCGACGACUGUGUCCGGGUAUAAGGGGCGAUGGCUUGACUGGGUGAGCUCCCCCAUCCAUCCAACUGUGCUGAUACUGCUCUAGGUCAAAGCAAGGAUCAUGGCGUGUCUUAGCUGUGGCGCGUUGAGUUUGCGUGAACUCUUAACUACCGGCGUACAUGCGUGUGGCACACGGUAGACGGAGACUCAUACUCCUUCAACUGCUGCCGCCACCAGUUAUCAGGAGGUGAUCAGACGACUAACUAGCGCAUGCGAGGAAGACGGCAGAGUAAAGCCAUUGGGAACCCUUGACUACAUUAAAUCUAACGGCGAUAACUCGAGGCUUAGAAUGCUGCUGACUGACGCGGGGCAACACGGUUCUCCCCUGCAAGAGGAUCAGACUGCAAUAGCUGCUUCUUACUGCAGCCGUUAUGGUGUCUCUCACCCGCGUUGGAACCGAGUUCUCUGGGUUUACGUCAAGUAAACCACUGUGCACAGUCUUAUCCCCAGUAGGUUUGACACGCACAGGACAUGGGAGAGGAAGAGUCAAGUCUUUUUAAUCCCUAUUUAGUGUUUCGGACAGUGACUUUAGGUCGCGCCGGUCACUGCGCAUAAUAACACCCCAACAGAUCGACCGUUGCAAGCGACGACAUUCACCGUAUGGCGAGCAACACAGGGGACGUAGGAACGGUGACUUGCGUCUGAACUAGUUUAUGAGGAUAGGAGACUUGCACUGCAUCCACGGCGCCCUCUUCUCCCUCUUCACCUACCUGGAUCCAGUGUCGUGAUAAAGUUAAGAAGACCGUGGGACCAGGCACAAUGGCUGACAAAACCAGGUAACCCAUUUACGCUUGCCAUAAGCCUACUCCGCGCGCGAUGGACCGGCAUUUUCAUAGAAACAACAAAAACGUCUCUCUUAUCGCAUCUUAGCGGUAGAAACAGAGGCCACAUUGUGAAGGAGCAAUUGUAGCCCGAAUUUCCGUCCUGUGAAAGCCGAGUUGCCCUGCCAAUUGACAGCCUUUCAAGUCAUGGCUUUUGGUGCGCUGUGAUGCUUUAAAGCGCGUCAGAUGGUUUGUAGCGAGGAAUAUGCACUGAGUGUCGUGCGGAUGCAGUCCACAGAGUGGAACUCAAUUCUAUUCGCACUCCCAAGCAUCAGUCCGCUCUCCGAGCCGGUCAGUCAUUGGAUGCGGGAUUAGGUUCAAUGAUUGACAGUGCUAAACGGCCCAUCUGCGCGAGCCACACACGAUCCAUGUACAGUGCAUGACCGAUCUCAUGAAAUGUUGGCCGAAAUUCUGAAAUACGUCUUCGAUCAGAAAGGAUUACUUAGGUGGCGUUGUAAUAAGGAUAGGUAUGCAGCAUAAGCCUAUGGCAUUUCGGACUCACCAGGAUGUCCGCUUUUCGAUGCACACUUUUUUGACCUGCAGAAACUGCCUUUCGUAAAAAAAAUGACUACUUAUGGAGCAUGCACUUUUUCUAUAGAUUUUUGAUGGUCUUGUAAAUUCAAAUAUAUUUUAUAGAAAAUAUGCACAAAAUAUGCCUUCUCUUACUCGUUCGGUAGAAAAUCACACUGUCUUCAUAGUUUAUACCUGAAGAAAGUGUAUAUUUAGUUUAUAAAAAAGUUUCUAAUUAUGAGAUUUUUAAGACCGUGCGAUGUCCGGAUAUACAACAUCGUACAUGUCCGUUUACCAAUGCUCCUAAUGAAAUGAACAACACAGUCCGGAUCCAUUGCGAAAUUUUAGGAAGUUUAUGUGGUACUUUCUUAAAGGCAUAGAUGAAUCCCCAUAACUAUGUUCAGAAGAGACAGUGGCGAGUGAAGGUUCCUUUCGGUAAGUACUCAUCAGGCUAAUACAGUUACAUAGGGCGGGGUACAGUGAGUGAAACAAAAAUCGAUAAAAGUGAGGUUUUAAAUUACAGGCUAGGCAAGAGCGGAAGGGCGCAGAAAGUUGUAUGUGGUUGGUCAACCUUUGACCACGGUAAGCGCGGAGUCUGAACAAGGUUCUCUUGGGCGCAUAGGGUCGGUUUUCGUAACCUUAUGGCGGCCGCCUCUGCUGUUGCUAACAGGCGCUGGCCCAGUAGCUUAGGGUAGCUCGAGGUGACCUUGUAAAUCACACGAAAUGCUUCAAUGGGGUCCACACGAUGCCCUGAGUCCACUGCAUGCGCAAGGAUGGCGCUGUCUAUUCUCCCAGGUUCACCCUUUGCCAGCCAUGCGGGAAGGUGCUCUCGUAUUCUUUUGGAAUGUCGCCGACUCCUGCAUCCAAUGUAACCUGCUCCACAGGAGCAAGUGAAUGAGUAGAUGCACAUUGAGGCGGUCUGAGGUGGCAGCCUAUCCUUGCCUUCUCCGCGUAGAAUAGGGUUUGUAGAGAAUGAUAUGCGAACGCUUGCUGCUGGGAAGGUUCCCGAGACAGUUUGGUCAAGGCAUCUACUUAGGAGUUCACCUGCAGCGUCUCCUUCAAAGGGGACUUUGAGGAACAACGUUUUCUUUUCGGCGGUUAGUGUGGUGGGUUUUGCGGGUUGUUCGAAAGGUUCUUUGCAAUGAACCUGUCAGGGUACCCAUUUUCGCGAAGCAAGUCCUGGAUUUUUAUAAGUUCCUCCUCGGUACUAUCUGCUGAACAAAUUUUUUUAGCCCUUUGUGCCAAACACCUGACUAGAUUCCGUUUUUGUUAAAGAGGUGCGAAACUAGCGAAGUUCGUGUAUUGUCUAGACCAGGUUUUCUUCCGAUAGACGGUCGUUCGGAUGCAACCGUCAGAUCUCCUGUUUAGAAGGAUCCAAACUCAUUGCAGCAAACCGGAGGACAGAGCACGUGAAACCCGUUAUCUCCGCGACCAGGUUGUGCAAAAUGGCUAUCCGAGGGCAUUCAUAAGUCGUUGCCUACGCGGUCGCCAUCAGAGAACUCGAACAUCAACACCACUGACGAUAUGGCAUAUUCUACCAUACAUCAAGGGCGUUUCAGAAACGACCGAGCGCAUGGCUGCUGAGCUAGGUGUUGGAAUUGCACACCGCCCCAAAUCCACCAAGCGCAAUAGGGUCAUGAAAAUCCAAGACCGGUUAAUGCCUGAAGAGCAAUCAGGAGGAGUGUAUCGCAUUCCGUGUCAAAAUCGUCCUUGUAACUACGCAGGGCAGACUGGACGCAUGCUCGGAUCGCGCAUACAUGAACAUAAGCUGGUUGUGCGACGAGGCGACGCAUUAUCACAAGUGGCCGCCCACACCUACGAAAUGGGUCACUAGUUUAACUUCGCAGCCACCAAAAUAGUCGCCCACGCAGGAAACAAAACAGGCAGAGAAUUGAUUGAAGCCUGCGCCUCGGAUGAGAACUCGGUCAAUCGAUUUAUCGAUCUGGCGCCGGCAUACAGAACCCUGCGUAGUCACCUCCAGUCUUGCGCUGUCGAUCGGUGAUUGGUCUACAUGCCUUAUAACUGUCGCUUGUUCUGUUGCUGCCACUACCUCUGACGAUGGACUCCUGUACGAGUCUGAAAGCUCAGGACAAUAAACAAAGUGUUCCGGUGCUCGACUCUCCUUCACAAUGUUGUCUAGACAGAAAAGAUUUCAGCCAGUUAUAUGUCCUUGUGUUUAGUCUGUUUCUACAGAGCCUGCCUCCGGUCGCCUUGUCAUCGGAUCCUGGUAGGACACACGGUGGAACUGGUUACUGGCGGCGGUCGAACUGUCCCAGAAUGAAAGCCGGACUCCAGAGUACUGAAGUAGCGUAAUAAUCUAUGCAUUUAAAUCAUCAGAGCUUGAGAAGCACUGCGCGAUAUAUCCGCCUUAAUCGCAUUAGUGGUGAGGAACGGUGCGGCAGCAUGGUCUCUAAGGAUCGAUAGUCCUUAUACCCCUCACUGGCUAGUAAAUGCAGUGCGUGACCGACCUCAUGAAAUGUUGGCCGAAAUUCUGAAAUACGUUUUCGAUCAGCAAGGAUUACUUAGAUGGGGUUGCAAUAAGGAUAGGUAUGCAGCAUAAUCCUAUGGCAUUUCGGACUCACCAGGAUGUCCGCUUUUCGAUGCACACUUUUUUGACCUGCAGAAACUGCCUUUCGUAAAAAAAUGACUACUUUUUCUAUAGAUUUUUGAUGGUCUUGUGAAUUCAAAUAUAUUUUAUAGAAAACAUGCUCAAAAAUAUGCUUUGCUUUACUCUUUUGGUAGAAAAUCACAUUGUAUUCACAUUUUAUGCCCGAAGAAAGUGUAUAUUUAGGUUUCAAAAGUUUUCCAAUUUCCAAAAACUUUUGAGCCUGAUCUGCCACUGCAUUAGCGUUUGACGAUUUCAGUCUACAAGAUGCAUGCUUUCCGCGUACGGAGAAUCAUAUAGCCAUUUUGCGCAACCUGGUUGCGGAGAUAACGGGCCUCACGUGCUCUGUCCACCGAUUUGCUGCAAUGAGUUUUGAUCCUUUUAAGAGCGUCUUCACACGGUUUCGUUUGUGAGCCCCGGAUGGUUGCAGUGAAAACUGGGAAGCUGUGUGGUGUGCGUUGCCUUCCUAUAAACCGUCGUUUCAAGUUCAUCGUUAAGGUUUCGUCUGACAAGCACAUCCCGGAAGGGCAACUGCUAUUCCUGUUCUUCUUCCCUCGUGAAUUUUAUAAUCGGGAAGACUGCGUUGAGCAGGCUGUAGAAAUGUUGCAGCAGGUCCUUCUUUACGAUGAUGAACGUGUCGUCAACGUAACGGCGCCAAAACACCGGUUCAUGUUGGAUGAAGGCAAUCUUGUCUAACUCCUGCAGGACAACAUUGUGAAGCAUGUCAAGUAGACUCUAGUAACACAAAAUAUUUAUCAGAAAUUUUGAUCACUCAUCAUAUAAAACCACAACAGUCCACAACUGAUUCGCCAAGUACCUGACUUAGGUUUGCCUUAUGCCAAGACCGAUCUUGAGUUUCAAUGUUUACGCAGUUUCUUCUCCAUCUUUAAAUGAAAUUUUCUUUCCUUCAUUCCCGCCAGACGCGCAAAGAACUCGAAGAAGGCUAUGAGGCUAAGCUCUUGGAGGCGUCCCAGGUAAGGCGGUGUUUUGCGAAGGUCCUGUCCCAACAGACUCGUGCUUGAAAUGCACACUAACGCAAUUUAUCAAAUUUGCCUCACAAAGUAUCCCAUACGUCAAGUAGCAGACGGCUGUUUAGCAAAACCCAUCUAGUGCUAGUGGAUUCGAAGCACAUAUACCAGGCGGCUGACUAUGCGACAGUAAACUUUCUCCGUUGAAGACUCAAACUGAGGGUUUGCAGAAAACGCAGCGAUUGUUUUGAUGAACUUGUUGAGGUCUUAUAAGCACUAGCCUAUACCAUAAUGCUAAAAUAGCACACAGCAGUCCUGCCUCGCAGGCAUUGGUCAGGUGCAUGCGCGCACGCAUAUUUCGAAGAUGUGCCUGCCAGGCAGUGUGAAGGACUGAAGCAACCUACACAAACCUUACAUUUGAUUGGUGGAUGGUAAGUUCAGUUGGCGCUGUCUGGCGCCAACCUGCCGGUUGUAAUUUGUGCCUUCUUCGAUCAGAAUUUUGACACCAUGCGGUUAAAAGUUGUCGUUGGCGUUUCGUGAGACAGUAAAGGCACUAACAGGGCUAACGACCCAUAUCCUCGUAGUACCGUCCUUCUUUCUGCCUGAAGCUCGACUAAGUCAAAAUGGCAUUUCACUGGCGCACUACAGCGGGUACGUAUCCGUACUGCAUCUAGCGCCACCCUGAGUCGAUCAGACAAUUGAGACAUUUUUCCCCGAAUAAAUUAAAAAAGGCAAAGGCAGUGAAAUCUUCGGAAUUGAAUGACGUCAUAAAAUUUCGCGACCUCCUCAACUGUGUACGGUCAUUGAAUGCUAGGAAGAUAAAUUGUUCAACUAGAAAGCAGUCUUAUCGGGAAAGAAGUGAAGUCCCUAUGAGAAACUGGCUGCAUAUCUUGGGCCUGAAGGUUCACAUAUUCUCAGAAUUUACCGGCCACCAAAAAUCCACAGACCAGGAGUACCGUUUCGACCAAUCUAAUCAAUGAGGAAUUCACCCCAGCAUAAACUCAUUCAGUGGUUAGUCCAACAAGUCGAACCAAUUAGGCGCAAUCUUGCUGCUUGCAAUACCAAAGAUACCUUCUCAUUCGUAAAUGAGUUGAAUGACCAAAAUCUACUAAAUAAGCGAAUGAUAUAGCUUUAAGUGCAGCGGCUAUUUGUAAACAUGCCAUGUCAAGCAUUUACAUAAUUUGUGAGCACACGGUUGAAACAUGUUUGGAGCCGAAACAACUGCGGGAUCCACUGUGGUGACGCAUUAAGAAUGUACAGUCUUUGUUUAACUGGUAGCAGUAUAGUUAGAUCAAUGAUGUAGCUACGGGCAGUGAUAGCGGACGUUUCCAUGUCAAGUCUCGAGGGAGAAUUUGCCUAAAACUCACAGGGAGCUGCAUCCCAUAUGUGCAAUGUGGAUAACAUUGUUGUCCUAGUCAACAGCUCGAGAGACGGAGAAUUACUAUUCAAGACUAUAAACUCGGCACAUUCAAAGGUGAAAUUUAGGAUUGGACACGAGCAGAACGAUACACACUAUCUUUCUUAGACGUUCUUGUACGUAGACGGGCAGAUGGCUCCAUUCAGAGAUCCACCUGUCGAAAAACCACUUGGAAAGGACAGUACAUACACUUUCUCGGUUUCCCUCCAAUCCAGAGAAAGUGGAACUUUGUUUUGUGGUUGUUCAAAAGAGCAACUAGAAUCCGUUCCUCAGAUCAAUGAGUAAAUCAGCUUCUUGAAGGACGUCCCUCUUGGAAACGGAAGGUUGGAGGUGUUAGGCGACGAGCACCGCCACCCCAGACAAGAAAUCCCAGCAUAAAAGGUUGCACCAAAAAGUCUGUGAGCACAUACCUUUUUAAAGGGCAAUAGCACGGCAAACGUGAUCAGGCGACGGCCUCGUUGGCAGAUGCCUAUAUACGCCACACCAAACUGUGUCUAUGGGUUUGCGUGUAGUUGCGGAUGAAAAUACAUUGGGUGCGCGCAAAGGCAGUUGGCAACUCGGCCAACUCGGAGUUGACCUCCUACCUACGUAUGAGAUGCGCGAUGGCCUGCAAUUAAAACACGCUCGGGUGCGACAGUUCGAACGACAGUCUUGUUAUGACCAGACGCGGUUUAGACGACAAUUCCAUUUACUAUUCCUUUGUUGUACUUUUAGUGAAUAACCAGGAUGCAAGGUAAUUUUCUACGUAUAAAAACGUAUCCCCGAAACAGAUCCCUCUUAGUCGUCUCCUGAAUUCGGUCACGAGAUAGGAAUAUUUCCAUCUCUAAUCAUUUUAGGGCUUAGAUCACAUUUUGGUGCCCGUUGUUCGUUUCAGACGUGGCGGACUGAAGUAGAGACGUAGUACGACUAGCUUUUUAAUGACGCACAAACUGUUGUCUAACCUUCCUCAUGGCGACCCGUUGAUUAUUUUUACUUUCAUCUGUUUAGGCCCUAGAGGAGGCUCGAAAUACGUCCCGGAUCACAGAAGAGCAGUACUCGAAACGAGUCGCGGAGUUGGAGGCAAAAUGUAUAGAACUAAGAGAGCAAUGCGAAGAAACCAUCGGCCAGCUCAAGGACAGACACAAGCAGGAGGUCAACGUGAGUCCUGAUCUACUAAAACGCAAAUAUAUAUGCAUGUGUAUGCGUGAAGAUUCGUGUUAAUUAUACCCCUCGAAAGAAGGACGAUUUCGUGGACCGAAGUAUACUUGGACUGACGUUUCGGAAACUCCCUCGUUCCCAUCAUCAGAGUGGUGUGCCGGUUCUUUCUUAGGGCCUUGAUUGCUUCAGCCUUAAUGCUCGCCUGGUAUUUUAUCCGUGCUCGACGCACGAACUGUGACAUGGGCAAGUCACUGGCGCCCGCCAAAAAUGGACCAUGCGGGAUUUGCGUUGGACCAACAGGGGGGGGGGGUGGCAGAUCAGGGCACGGAACGGGUUAUUUGGGCUGCGCACCCAUGGGGUGGAGGCGUAGGCUCAAGCCACGCCAACCACUAGCGUCCAAUUCCCCCACCAGAUAGCUGGUCGGCUCGGACAGUGGACUGAUGCUUUGGAGUGGUAGGAGGGUGAGGUCGACUCUGGGGCCUCCGUCCGCCCCCACGGCCCUCAGCACAUAUUCCUCGUCCUAUCAGUUGGCCUCAAGGGCUGCCAACGCCGAGGCAACUCUGUCGUCUCCCGACAGAGGUUUAGGCUGCAAUGGCUCCUUUUGAAUGUGAUCUCUAUGGCACUUCCACAUGGAUGGAAUCCGAAUCGUCCUCCAUCUUUCUUGUUCGUGUGAAAACCAGGUCCACCUUGCGUGCACCAGGCGUGUACGUGUGGUUUGAGUGGACGAUCUGUUCAGCUAUGUCACAGUUACCGCGCCUGAUCCGGCCUCCGGUCUUUUUGGCUCUGUCCUGACACCGCACUCAUGUGGUCGAGGGAGGGGGUGGCGAAGUGGGUGCUGCACAAGUCUACAAUCACUUUAAACUAGCUCACGCCCAAGUCGACGUCCGUGCGCCUACCGUGUUGUGGGACACCCAGUGGUCGAACUGUCGUGGUCUCCACUAACAUGGCAAUGUCACUCGUUCCCAGUGACCGUCUAUCGUAGGAAGCUCUGAAUAUUGAGGCCGAAGGCAGCCUUGCGUGGUGAGGAAUGCCUUGUAUACACGGAUGGAGGUCGCUGUUAAACGUUCUGAACCCAUACAGUAAGUGGGCUACCUCAUGAAGUCUCAACAGAAAUUCCGAAAUGCGUUUUCGUUUUGGAAAGAUCAACUAAGUAUGGUUGUAAAACCAAUCAUCGUACAGCAUAAUUCUAUAGGAGUUCAGUUACCCCCGGACGCCGGCUUUCGAACAAACUUCUUUCCGGCUGCAUCUAAAAACCACACUUCGUAAAAAAUGACUAUUUAAGUAGUAUGCAUUUUUUCAAAUGAUUUUCGAUGUCCUUAACAAUUCAAAUAUGUUUCAUGGAAAGCAUGCAUAUAAAUAUUUAUUCUUUUGCUCAUUCGGUAGAACAUUACGUGUUCUUCCAAUUUCACACUCGAAGGAAGGGUAUAGCUUGGUUUUAUUUAACUUCUCCAAUUCCGGAAUAAUUUUGAACCCAACCUGUCGUUACACUUGCAUUCAGGGUUCCCAAACAACAAGCCGUAUAAUUUCCGCUUACGGAAAACCAUACAUUUCUCUACAGUAAUAAAGUGGGACCUAAUGGCGUUCAUGAAAUUAAGCAGAGGAUUUGAGCCACACUGUUAACUUUACAAGCCACGUUGGUAAAUGCAGAGACAUGACGUUUUGUGGAGGGCCAUCUCAAGGUAUUAGAAAAUCCCACAGUUAGAAAUUUUUUUAAAACCGAAUUAUAUCCUUCUUUUGAGUGUAAAAUUGAAAGAAGACGUAAUUUUCAACCGAAUAAGCAAAAGAAUGAAUAUUUUUAUGAAUGUUUCCCAUGAAAUAUAUUUGAAUCUUUAAGGGCACCGAAAAUCAAUGGGAAACAUUCGUGCUACUUAAGUCAACAUUUUUUACAGAGUAUGGUUUUUAGAUGCAGCCAAAAAGAAGUUUGUUCGAAAGCCGGCGUCCGGGGGCAACUGAAUUCUUAUAGAAUUACGCUGUACGAUGAUUGGUUUUACAACCCUUCUUAAUUAAUCUUGUCGAAACGAAAACGUAUUUCGGAAUUUCUGUCGGGAUUUCAUGAGUUAGCUCACUUACUGUAUGUCCAAAUGUCUGACAGUGUCAAUAGGGACUGAGAGGCACACAUACAGCCUCGCCUAACAGAGUUUAUGUUAGUCGACAGAUUCAUCGAACGAGGGAUGAUCAUUUGUCUUAGUGACAGAAACUUGUCUGCGUUCGGAAAACCGGGGCCGUAAACGUUUACAACUCCUAAAAUAUUUCUUCAACGCCUCGUAAUGAUUCUGAUAGCAAAACCCAAGUCCAGUUCAUGGCCGUGUCUAAUAAAGUUUGGGUACCUCUUCCAUUUUACGACUGCCUCUGGUGGUGGAAGGCAGUUCGCCGGGCUAACGCUGUUGGUUUUCCUGCGCCUGAAAAAACAUAAACAUUGAUCAAGACGGCCUGUGUAGCCAUUUCGGUUCUCUGUGUGCUUUUUCCGCCCUUUUGCUGUCGUAUCUACUUUUCGGACCGGAUUCCAUUUAAGCAGAAUUUCAUCCCCAACUACUUCGUAGGGCAGUUCCAACAGGUAUUCUUUUUUAUAGCGACAAUUGGUUGGCGUUUCAAUGUAUUUGCUGGGAGCUGGAGUACAUAGGAUCUCAGGCUAUAACUCCUGAGCCAGUCCCAUGGGGCUACUUAUCGAUCGCGUAGCAGAACAUUUGAGUUAGAGUGUGGCGGUCAAGGUUGCGUGUCCGGAAUGCGUUGGGGUCAUUAAUAUGUGGCGGCCAAGGACGCCACACAAGGACUCCCCACAAGAAGUUUGUCCGCUAUAACAACAGAAGCCAGAGAGCUCGUUUAUCCUCUACGGGGAAUAGGUCCCAGUGAGUCGGCAGUUUGCACGUGGGUGAAAACGAGGCGUCUGCUAUAGAACGCGUGAGUAGCGAUGUGGUUUUUGCGCGGACCUGACAUAUCAGUGCCAGCAUGAGAGAAAAUGACUGGCCGAUUGUCGAACAUUUGAUUGGUUUGUCUGCGGGCUGAAUCGGGGGUUGCAUGAUCACGAGGCACAAAGGGUCAAGGCCAGGUGACAAGCCACGCCUGCCAUAGGGAGACCCUAGCCGCUACGACCUUCAGGCUCGAUCCCGAGUAGAAAGGGAAGGAAUUGGACACCAGUUGCGAGAGUAGUUUAUUCUGCACAGAAUAACUGAAGAACGGUCGGAGAGAGUUGGCAGCUAGACGCCCGGCGCCGGGAGAGCGGCGUCCCGAGUGAGAGCAAUGUAUGCGUCAUGGCGCCCUACGCGAGAGCACGUCUGAUUCGGCCUUGAAGAUGAUUGGCCAGAUGGAAAGCUGUGACGGUCGAAAGCCAGUCUGCCGCUGAUGCGCGCGUGCAGGCGCUCGCAAGAGGCGCGAUGUCGAAACAGGCGCCCGCAGUAGGGGCCCUUGUGUGAGCCACGGAGAGUUCGAUUUUUUGGGCGAGGAAGAGGGCUCGCCAUCGCUUUUAACAAGCUCCGGACAAAUCCUAUUACACUCAGACCGCCUCAGCACAUUCUCUAUACCCUGUGAACAGCUUUGAGGAACCUCCAUUAUUUCGGUUGAAGAUGUGGGUCAGGAUAUGACUGCUCAGUCCACAUUGUGCAAUAAAUUACGAUUCGUUGGCGAAUUUCCCGACCUGUCGCCUUGACGGUGACUCAUUUUUACAGAAGAUUUAUGCGAGGCAGGUUGACACGAACAGAGUUAAGUGGAUAUUACUAGUCGCUUAUAGACCUUAGCCCUUUCUAUUCAUGCAAAAUCCAUCCGCUCCUGACCUGUGCCUAUAUCGCUCAAGUCGACUCCAUCGUGCAGGAAUGAUUACCGUCUAAUGGUGACACGCCCACUUAAAAGAGGGAGUUAACAACUGCGGGGUACGCAGAAGUGGGUUCGGUUUCGACAACCUCAACGUCGUCCUUGCCUCUUACUUUUGUUCUAUUAUCGCUCUCUCCCCUCCCCCCCCCACAUUGCUUAGAACUUACGUGACGCCCUGGCGAGAGAAAGGGCUCGCACCUGCAGCGCAGAGGAGACCCUCCGACGUAGGGAACGAGAGUGGCUAGAGGCUGAUGAGGCAAGACAAGCCGAGGAAGAACAAAGGACCGCAGAACUGCUUCCGGCUGACGUGCGCACUCAUCUUGAGAGCGUUAUUUACUCCCUCCGAGCCCAGGUAAGAAAGCUGCGAACCCGGCAAGUUCCCAGUCUCUGUGUAUUACCUAAAUAAAACCUUAAACGAAGCUGUGUAGGAUGCCCGUGGAAAGUGAGAUAAACUGGAUGCUUGGCACUUUUCUGUCCUGACCACGAUAGGAGUCACAAGUCACAUUAGACAUGUAAAAUCAGUCUUCCGCACCAUCCUGUUCAGAUAGAACUAACAUGCGAGCAACAUCUGAAUGACCUAAUAGCUCCAAGUCCCUUCCUACGUAGAUUGCAGUCAUGAUUGAACUGAUUUAAAUUUCUGACCCGUGCCCCUCGUAAGAAACGUUGUACAGAGUGUACUCCAAGAUACAUGCCAGUGAGAUGAACGUCCGUACUGGUCAAAUGGAGCAGAGUGGUAGAGGAGCGCCCACCGAUCGUGCUACGGGGCACACUCGUCUCUUUGUGUCUUGGGGCUCAAUCUCGAGUCCAAAACGGGACGAUUUUGUCCGGUUGCGCGAUCGGUGAGCCCCACUUUACCAUUGUUAGCAUACGCGAUCGCAACUAACAGGACAACGAUCCCGAAACUAAAUGGUUAAUGCUUUGGACUUCUAAUCAACAGGUUGCCAGGUCGAGCCUCAGGGACUGCAAACCCGGUGUCGGGGAUGGCUGGCCGAUGACGUCUAAUAAGCCGGAAACGGCCGUUUCAGCCUCCAUUGUCUCUCGGUAACGGUAUUCUAUGCACCAGAGUUUCGUUGCUGUCACACUCACUUCUUUAGUAUCGCAACGAACCGGCUGAGAGGACAAGAAAAAGUACACGUAUGCCAAGCUAGGCGAGGUCAGUACUCGGUGGCUGAACUACGCCCACUGGGCGGCCAAAAUUCCAAACGAACAACAGUGGCAUUCAAGCGGCACCGCCGCCCUAAUCAAAAACCCCACCCAGAUGAGUCUAAGACCGGCCUAAACUGAUCACUCCCGAGCUCUUUUUCUAACGGACAUAGCCGACAUCAGGCUAGCAAUGAAGGAGUGUUCUGCGAAGGACACCACAGUUCCCUCUCAACCCCCUCCCCCCGCCUUAUUGAACAUAUAUUUGAGAUGGCCUCCGCAAAUAGGUCACGUACAGGCAAUGCAAAACGGCCCACUUGCUAUUUCGAGCGCAGUCCGAGCCGGCACGUGAACAGAGACAGAAACAGUUUGGAAACGCUAAAGUCAGGGAGAAGGGGCACCAAAUGUCCGGAUGGAUAUGCCUGACUAGCAGCAUUAUCAGAUGGGAUGUGAGAAGAACCAGUAGCCUUUUCUAAACGGCCCUCCGCACUUCUCUCGUAUAAGCUAUGGGACCGCCGCUGAAUGGCGAGCAGCACUGCUCCGACUGUGUCAGUUUCCCAGUAGGUGGCGAUGGUGACGUAGAUAGACUGAACAAUCCAGAUAUUCAAUCUAAACGACGCUCAUUAUGAUAAAAUCGAAUUGACAAAACACGGAUAGCAAUUUGAAGACUGAGUAAUUGAAACAAACUGGCUAGUGCCUAGCGAAUACUGCGGGAGGCCGGCAGGCCAACAAUGCGAACUCAACUUUUCCUAACUCUGCCUGACAUGACCGUAGAUUUAGUUUUUUCUGUCUGACUCGUUGGACUGCGUGCGCAGUACGAGACGACAGCGUAGGCAUUGUAGGUAAAUUGUACAAAGUGGCUCAACCAGAUAGCUACCAACGAGGUCUGUCCAAUCUAUUCAGACUAUGGAGAAACAGUGAGCUCAUGAAGAAGAUAUGCGCGUAAGGAGACUCAAACCGUCAGCCAGUUUCAUUCCGCAUUUGGCGCUUUGUCGACUGAGCUGUGAGCUACGUCUGACAGCCGCUUUUACUUCAAAUCACAUUCCAGCGACGCAGUCUACUUUCCCAGCCAUUAUCCGGAUCUUGCCUUUUUGCAUCCAUCGACACAGUCGAAUUGUCAUUCUAAACGGUAACGGGCUCGACCUAAAGUUCAGAAAUUCGAUAGCUGGUUAACAGGCAAGGCCUGAACUUAAAUCAGGUGGCAGUCUGCGACUCCACCUCACCCAGCAACAAGUUUGUGGGGUAUGUGAAGUUGAGCUUUCCUGUGGAAUGCUAAGAAGAGGAGUAUAACCACAACCAUCACGCACACGCCUAACAGGCUUCUUUAGACGCUUAGAAAUUGAGCCGGUUAGUCUUGGAGUGGUGGGUGGGUACACGGGCGCCACGGUGCCACCUAGGGAGGGAUUCCGUUUGAAACCUAAAGCAUGAUUCCUGUCUUGUUUGUACCCAUGGAAGUAUCUAUCAUGCAACCGUACACAGUAUUUCUCGAGAUAAAGACCACGUACUCCUGUGAGGUCCCAAGACGAAUUAAUGUUCGCGAGUUUCUAAUGCCUACUACCCAAACUGCGUACACAAUUUCAACUAGAAACAGCGGCGACCGUCAACAAACAGUAGCUAGGGGAAGAGUUGUGGCGGUGCCCAAUUGACUACAAAUGAUUCAUAAACACCAACGCCUUCCCCCCGUAGGUUGAGAUUCUUCGUAAACGCGCCAAACUACUCGAGGAGGCCAAUGCGUCAUUGACAAGCCCCAGUGGAGUCAAGGACCAGCGUCGAAUUUCUGCAGGAAACAAGAAUUCGGCAGUAUCCGGAAAGGCCGCAAGCCCACACGACCACCUACCGGCCCUGUCGGCAGAAACAAGUCUUUACUAUGCGGACUUCCCUCCACCGCCAGUCGAAUUGCUAGUUCCCCUGCCGAAAGGCGAUCAGGUUUUGGAGACGGGUGAGAUGGGAUGA